AUGAACCUGGAGUGGGUGUCCAAUGAGGAGAAGCUGAACCUCUUCCAGAAAUACUACCUAGGGAGGUUCAUGCUCCUGUCCUUUCUCUGGCUGGUCAACGUUCUGUGGUUCUUUCGAGAGGCCUUCCUGGUCCCAACCUACGAGGAGCAGAGACAAAUCAAGGGCUAUGUCUAGCAUUCACCCUGAGUGGUCUUUUGGCUUAUGGCACUGACCUCCUGGAUCAACAUCUUCCAGAUUAACAGAACCUACUGGGGAGCCCUGGGCAACUAUCUCUCCUUCACCAUCCCUCUGGGAAUACCCUGA